CCCAAUUCAACUGCAAUGCUCCAGCUCCCAUCCAUUUCAAGCUCAACUCUGAUAUAACCCCAUCGCAAAAAUGGAGGUCGCCAUGUCCCUCAACGCUCUGGUUCGACUCCCCCUCUCGAAUUCGAGGCUACAAGACGAUGGACUCGUCCGGCACUCGCUCUUAUCGGCCAGAACGACGCAGAAGCCUGAGCAGAGGCAUCGGCACGGGCACACUUUCGUGGUGGAAGCCAAAGGCAAAAAAGGGAUGCAAGCUCGUCAGUUUCAAAGGGCUGCGCCUCCACCGCUCCCCAAGAUUGAAGACGACGGCAAUCCCAAAUUCGUUAUCUUCAUCCGUAUGGCCAAUGUUUAUCUAUGGUACCCGCUGAGUCUUAUAAAUGGUGGCACGACCGCCAAAAUCAUGGUUGCAGCAAAAGAUAAUUUUCUUGGCAAAUAUAUCUAUAAAGACACUCUGGCUAGGAACCUGGCUGCUGUUAUUUACCGUGAUGAAAAGGAGAUACAGAAGACGGCAUUUAAACAGUUUCGUGUGUUGCGGACAGCUACAGAAUUCAGAUAUGGCUACAAGCUUGUGGAAAAUGGCAAUUUGAGAUCGGCACUUUCAACCACGGAUGUAAUUGAGCUUCCAACUCAAGACCAGCUGAAGACAGUUCUCGAUAAAGUUAAGGACUUCUUUGGAGAUGCAAAGGACUCAUUCGGCAAACUCACUGCACUAGGUUCGCUCGAAGGUGAGGAGUCAGAUGAGAACUCUACAGAAAAGGCCAAGGUUAAAACUUGAGAGUGGAGUGGUGGUUUACAAGAUUGUGCAGCAGCCAAAUGAACUUCUUAAACCGGAGAGCUUCAAAGGUACAUAGAACGGUGGACUAGCAAGGUUUUUUUUGUAUCCAAAACUGUUACUUAGCAGAAAAAUUAGGGAGCUUUAUACGACAGUAUGUUGGAAGAACAUACAGCAAGGUGAUGUACACAAGUUUCAGUGAUGGUUUCUUUUUUAAAAGAAUCUUGUUUUUCUGAUCUGUUUUGUAACAUUUGAAUGGAAAUGCAGUUUUCAUUCCUCAAAUAUUGCAAUAGCCUUGAAUUUGUAAUGGGGGAGCCCUGAUAAACCCCAACCUGCUGCUAACAUUUAUAAUCACUGGUUUGGUGCUUUGGCUUUAGGGUGCUUCUGCAUUAGUAUUUUGAUGUAAA